AUGUUGACGAAACGAUUCCCCGGCCUGCUGGCCAAACAGUUUCAAGGGAACGGACAACUCAACUUCACCUCGCUGUUCGAGCUGCUGCUAGAGAAGGGCGCUGAGGUGAAUACGAAGGAUACAGAGUAUGGCCGGACGCCGCUGUCCUUAGCUGCAGUGAAUGGGCAUGGGGCCGUUGUGCAGCAGCUGCUAGAGAAGGGCGCCGAGGUCAAUACUAAGGAUUGCAAUAGCCAAACGCCGCUGUCCUUAGCUUCAUGGGAUGGUCACGAGGCCGUUGUGCAGCUGCUGCUAGGGAAGGGCGCUGAGGUCGAUGUUAAGGAUGUCAAUAGCUGGACGCCGCUGUUCUUAGCUGCAAGGAAUGGGCACGAGGCCGUUGUGCAGCUGCUGCUAGGGAAGGGCGCCGAGGUCGAUGCCAAGGAUGGCAAUAGCCAGACGCCGCUGUCCUUGGCUGCAGGGAACGGGCACGAGGUUGUCGUGCAGCUGCUGCUAGGGAAGGGCGAGUCGUUGUACCCAGACUCGGACAAUACAUAG